AUGCCGGUGGAAGCCAUCAGCGGCGUGAACACCGCGUCGGGGCGAGGGAUACAACAGAGUGAGGUCCAGAGGAACACAACCCUGCACAUGUUAAUCCACCGUCUGGAAGAGAGGGCAGCUGAGAAUGGAAGGAGCCAAUCAGAGCAGGUGGAGUCCAACCGGCAGCUGAAGCUCCAGGUGGAUGAACUACAGAAACAACUGGAGGACAAAGAUAACUCCUUAACACAAGCCAAACAGGACGAUUCAGGAAAAAGAGGAGGACGGUCCACUGCAGAAUGUAGCAUUAAAGAGGAAGAAGAUGACGCAGCUGUUGCUGAUGGAUACCAGUGUACUCAAUCUGAUGAAACUGACUCUGCCCCAGAACAGAUCACCUCCUCAUCUGCAGACAUUAAAGCUGAACCAGUACAGGGAGAGGAUGAAAAAUCAGACCUGGCUCCAGUCGUCAGCUCAGACCUGGCUCCAGUCCUCAGCUCAGACGUGGCUCCAGUCCUCAGCUCAGACCUGGCUCCAGUCGUCAGUUCUGCAAUGAGCCAGUUCCUUCCAGAUCCACCGUCCUUGGUCAAGUGCAGGAGGUUAUCAGUGCAAGUGGUCGAUUGCUGUGCAACACAAGGCCAGCAAAAAACACAAGACCGCAAGAAUAACACAGAUGGAGAAAACUCAAAAACUGGAACAGAAGGAGAAUUCCAGCCUGCCUUGUCAUCUGCCCUCCCAGAGACUACAUUGGAGAAGCAUCUCUGUUCUGGUGUUGACAAGAGCUUCAGUAACGUGAAAACUCUAAAAGCACACAAGCAAACCAAUCAAGGAAAGCCACCUCAUUGCUCUGUCUUCGCAAAACCUUUCGCCACAAAGAGGUGUUUGAAGAAGCGCCAGCGCAUUGAAGAUGGAGAGGACCCCAACCAGUGCAGACAGUGUGGGAAAGGUUUUAGUGCAUCAACACAACUUAAACGACAUCAGCUUACACAUACAAAAGAGAAACUCCAUCAAUGCAAACAGUGUGGAAAAUGUUUUUCACGGGCAGAUACUCUCAAUCUACACCAGCUCACUCACACCGGACAGAAACCCCAUCAAUGUGAAGAGUGCGGCAAAUGUUUUACAGUGGCAGGGAGCCUCAGACUACACCAGCUCACUCACACCGGACAGACACCCCAUCAAUGUGGACAGUGUGGUAAAAGGUUUACACAGGCAGGGAGCCUCAGAGUACACCAGCUCAUUCACACCGGACAGAAACCCCAUCAAUGUGGACAGUGCGGGAAAAGGUUUAGACACGCGUGGAACCUCAAAGCACACCAGCUCACUCACACAGGAGAGAGGCCAUACAGCUGUGAACAGUGUGGUAAAUGUUUCACCCAGACAGGGAGUCUCAAAGCACACCAGCGUAUUCACUCUGGAGAGAGGCCAUACAGCUGUGGUCAGUGUGGUAAAUGUUUUACAGAAUCAGGGAAUCUCAAACGACACCAGCUCAUUCACACCGGACAGAAACUCCAUCAAUGUAGACAGUGCGGGAAAAGGUAUACACAGGUGUGUAAGCUCAAAGCACACCAGCUCACUCACACAGGAGAGAGGCCAUACAGCUGUGAACAGUGUGGUAAAUGUUUUACACAGACGGGGCACCUCAAAGUACACCAGCUCAUUCACACCGGACAGAAACUCCAUCAAUGUGGACAGUGCGGGAAAAGGUUUACACACGCGUGUAAUCUCAAAGCACACCAGCGUAUUCACUCUGGAGAGAGGCCAUACAGCUGUGGUCAGUGUGGUAAAUGUUUUACAGAAUCAGGGAAUCUCAAACGACACCAGCUCAUUCACACCGGACAGAAACUCCAUCAAUGUAGACAGUGCGGGAAAAGGUAUACACAAGCGGUGCACCUCAAAGUACACCAGCUCACUCACACUGGAGAGAGGCCAUACAGCUGUGGACAGUGUGGUACAUGUUUUACAGAAUCAGGGCAUCUCAAACAACACCAGCUCAUUCACACAGGAGAGAGGCCCCAUCAAUGCAAACAGUGUGAGAUGAGUUUUCAGUACCCAGAAGCACUUAGACGACACCAGCUUACACACACAUGAGAGAAAUCCUACCAUUGCACAUACAUGAGUGAAACCCUACCACUGCACAUAAAUGAGAGAAACCCCCCCGUCAGUGCAAACAGCAUACGGCGAGCUCUGUUCCCAGACUCACUCCAACGGUACCAUCUUAAGCACACAAGAGAGAAAGCUCAUCGAUGUGAACAAUAGCAAUAGCUGCCUUCGUUCCUUUUCUUGGAUUCUUGUUUCUAAUUUUGUAGCAAUGUUCACAUUGAUACAGCCAUGAUUACCUUUUGUCAUAACAUGAUCAACGCACCUACACCCAGCACACGGCUAAAAGUUUAAGAUCUUUUUUCUUUUUAUUCUGGUUCCUGCAUUGUUUUUCUUUCAAUCUAUAGAUGGGUUUCAUAUUCACAGUGCGCCUGCACACACCAACACGGGGCAGAAAGUUAUCAAUGACAAUAGCAAACAUUACGAGGUCCUGUUUCAAUCUAUUGUGUAUUACUUGUUGUCUACUAAUCGCUCUUUUGUGAACAAAAACAGCUGGUAGACACGGCACAUUCCCAAUCGUAAUAUUACGCGUUGAACAUGGAAUCUUGACCUAGAAGAAGGCAACAACAAAAAAAAGUCCAAGAAAGCUCUUAUUUUUCACCCUGGAUAAACCAUUUACAACCGUGACAAUCAGGGAGCAAUGGGGCAAGUGGCAACCCUAGUCUGCAUGCCACUGAUCUGGACUACACAACACCCACACAUGCAAACAGAUGCACACCGUACAUGUACUGUACACAGUAUAGACGCAGACAUGCAAAUAGACAUACUGUACACGCAGACACACACACACAGUACACACAUGCAAACAGAUGCAUACCGUACAUGUACAGUACAUAUAGACUACGUGUACAUGGCACUGAUCUGGCCUAUAGUAGACACACACACGCUAAACAUAGAGUAGACGUGCACUUGCAUUCUGCCCUGUCUAGGACUCCCUCUGGUGGAGAGUAUUGGGUGUUUCUAAGAUGCUCCAGGUCUAGAACCUUCUCAUAGCGUUAACACACACACACACACACACACACACACAC